CAUCGAGCGGCGGCCGACCUAUACUACUUGCUGCGCGCUGCGUAUGUCCUGUGCUACGUAUAAGAUCAGCUGCUUUGACGAACAACUUUCACCUCACUACUCAACCACCUGCCACUUGCUGCAUUCAAAAAACGAGCAAUCAUGUCCUCCAUCUUCUCUGGUCCUGCUCGAGCGUUGGUCGUAGGCGGAACGUCGGGUAUCGGUGCCGCCAUCGCCAGCAACCUCGCUCGAUCCUUACCCUCUACCUCCAAGCUCACCAUCGCCGGACGAAAUAAGUCCUCUGUCGAUGAACUCAUAUCACAAUACCCGGGCACGGACUUCCAACCGAUCAACGCGUUCUUGAUGAAAGAUGUCAAGCGGUUCUGCGCCGAAUACGCUUCCCACGUCCGGUCAUCUUCUUCCGACUUGAAAGAGGUCGAUAUACUCGUUCUCACUCAGGGGAUCCUGACGUUACAAGGCAGGACCCCGACCGCACCCGAGAAUAUCGAUCAGAAGAUGGCCCUGCAUUAUUACUCGAGAAUGCUCAUCGUCCGAGAACUCGAACCCAUUCUUUCACCCAAAGCGCUAGUCCUCUCCGUCCUGGAUGGUCGGGGUUCGAACAUUCACGAUGGUGGUAUCAAGUGGUCAGACCUCGACCUGGCUCAACCUGGCAGUUACGGAGUCCCGGCUGCCGCUAGACAUUGUCAGGCGAUGAACGACGGUAUGCUCCAGGCAUUCGCCCAGCGUCACGGAUCCGAGGGCAGGACGUUCGUUCACGCCUACCCCGGUUUCGUCUCCACACCGCUGUUGACCAAGAACAUGCCGCUCUACGCUAAGCUUCCCAUGAAGCUCAUCGGCGCGGUCAUGUCGGUCCCCCCGGAAACCUGUGCCGAGCGCUUGUUGCAAGGAUCAGCAGACGUGCACGCAAAGGGUCGGGGCAACUUCAACAUUGACGAUAAGGGCAGAGAGGUGCAAAAGAUGCCUGCGACCAAGGAGCAGAUGGACAAGCUGUGGGAACAUACGUGGGGUCUCGUCGAUCGGCAGUAGACCCGCUAGAGCGCUCUUGCACGACAGGACAAUUGUAUCUAGGUAUAUUGAGA